AUGUCCAUCGCCAACACGGCCGCCCAGGCCAUGCUCUCUGAUGCCCUGCUAACAGAUAGCAACUGGCACCACCGAAUCAGACACCUGGAGCUAGAGCUGCCCCUGGACAAGGUCAUCAAAUUUGUGUCAGUGGGGCUGCCUCUCCUGCUGGUAUCUGUGGCCUUUGCCCGAGAGGUCUCCAUUGGACCACAGAUUAGUUGUUUCCCACCCAGCAACUUUACUGUUAAACAGGCAGCAUAUGUGGACACGUACUGUUGGGACUCCCUGAUGCAUCACGAGUUUGAUACGGAUGGCAACUUUGAUGAACGUUCUCUAUGGGUGCAUAAAAUGUUCCCCUACUCUCUGCUGAUCAUGGCUAUGAUGAUGUAUCUGCCCGCUCUAAUCUGGCGUUUCUUGGCCAUGCCAAGCCUGGGCUCUGACCUGCUCUUCAUCAUCGAUGAGCUAGACAAGUCCUACAACCGCUCCAUCCGGUUGGCACAAAAUAUUUUGGACCUACAGAAAAACUCUGAAAAUUCUCAGGAGUUCCAAGCAGAACUUGAGAGAGCAAAGCGGAAGCGUUACUUUGAGUACCCUCUGCUGGAGAGGUACAUGCAAUGCAAGCACGGCUCCUAUUUCUUGGUCAGCAUGCUCUUCCUGCGGGGAUUCCUUCUGUUGACCUUCAUGUCAGCAUCCUGCCUCUAUCUGAUCUAUUUCCAUUUGUCAGCCUUCAUCCAGGAUGAGUUCAGCUGCUUUGUGCGCACAGGGCUCCUACGAGACCAGCCCUGGGUACCAGAGCUGGUGCAAUGCAAGAUGACAAGCCUAUUGGUCUUCCAGGUAAUCAGUGUGGCGAAUGGGGCCAUCUACCUACUGCUGGCACCAAUUGUACUCUUCAGCUUACUCCGACUCUUCUGCUGGGACACCACUUUCCUCUCCCUGUACGAAGUACUACCAGCCCUGGGCCUCAUCAGUGGACGCAAGCUGGGCUGCCCACUCAAUGACCUCAACGUUCUCCUUCUUUUCCUGCGUGCCAACGUGGCUCAUCUCCGCUCGUACGGACGCCUACGGGCUGUGUGCUCUUUGGCACCCCCUCAGCUAAGAAGAGAACAGGGCAAACCCAUGCUGACAGAAGAACAGGCUGAGGAGAUGGCGGAGGCAGUGGAGGAGCUAGAGGAGGAGGCGCAGGAGGCGCGAGAAGAGGGAAAGCAUAACCUUGUUGAUAUCAUGACUAUCCUGGGAAGAGCUCGUGGCAACGCCGUGAAUUGCCCAGAGCAGAAGCCCCUGGUGGAAGAAAGUAUGACACUUGGUACUAUUACUCUCAUUUACUUUCUGAAACGAGCGCUGUUAGUAGGCAUUUUUGUGUACAUUAUUUGGGAUGUUCAGAAAAUCAUCAAAUGA